AAGGAAGACGAUGAUGAUGAAGAAAGCGAAGACAAUGACAACGACAAUGACAAAGACACGGGGGACGAUGAUAUGCAGGGUGAUGAGGAAGACCAGGAUGACAACAAUUCUGGUGGCAACAGUGGCAAUGGCGGAAACAAUGGAGGGAACGAGGAUUCUGCAGGUGAGGAAACAGAGACUGAUGACGAGCAAUCCACACUUCAAUAUUUACUCGAAGAGAAAAAGGAUAUGAAGCCAAAGGGGCUUGACGAGGCAGUUAGCAUCUCUGUGAGAGAUGUUGUUAUGAUGGACGAGGAAAGUUACUGCAAAAUGCCACGCAUCCGCAUGUUUGAAGUGAAAGAAAUGUUGGAUCUCGACGAGCAGCCUAUUGCAGUGCUAGCGAGCAAAAUGUUCCAAGAGCUAUUGAGAAAAGAAGAAAUGGAACUGGGGAUGGCAUUCAAUCUUGAGGAUGUCUGCCCCAAGUGGAUUCGCAAGAAAAUCAUGAGGGAGAUAGGGGCUCCACAUGAACCCAAGGAAGUUGGUGUACCACCACUUCCAACACCAAAGAAGAAAAAGAGUGUGAGUUUCGUAUCAGAGCCAACGGUGUUGACAGAGACAGUGGAGGAACUGCGAGCUAUGCGUGCCCAAAAUGUUCAAGAACUGCAAGGUGGAAAGGAAACAAAGUCAGCCAUGAAGAAAUCUGGGCCUUUUCAGUUGCAACAUCAGGCAUUACAUCAUGCAAAAGAGGCAAGUUCUAGCACUCACAAGAACCAGCUUGAAACCAAUACAGCAUCAAGCUCAACAGCACGACAUGCAGAUCUCACCAGUGGCAAAGAUACAAAUGUUGCAGUUUCACCAGGGACUGUUUCAAAACAAGAACCAAGUGCCUCACAAAUUCUAGCAAGUCAUCCUAGGGAGGAAGCAAGUUCAUCUGAUUUUCAGGCAAGUAUUGCACAUGCAUCAAUUCAACCCACAGCAGGAGGAGCAACUCAAAUGAAACAGGAUGCAUCAUUGCAAGUAAGCAGAGCAGUCCCUAGUACAAACCGUAGUGGGAGGCAACCACUAAGCAGUCUAAAUGGUCAAGCACAAAAUCUUGUUCUAGGGAAUGGGAUGCAAUCAGCCAAUGACAUCCAGAGGGGCAAAUUGUUUCAUUACAAAGCAUCACAACAGGCUGUACCAUUAUAUGCAGGUCAGGAGAACAUACCUCCAGUGUCAAUCACAGGGGUUGGAGGGAUGGAAGAUGUCAUCGGCGGCAACAUUAAACCAAGUUCGGAAGCAAAGUUGCUAAAAGUUCAGGGCAAGUUGCCUGCUUUUAUUCCUACAGUUGCCCAAUCACCUCCCCAUCCGCAGCUGAAGGAUAUCAAAUUUAGUUAUGCUAACAAGGCGGUCAGUCCACUGGAAAUAAAUGUGCUAGAUGUCAGUGAGCUCUUGGCAAGGUGCGUUCCCCCAUCUACCAACGAUCUGCAAAGCAAGUCAGCAAUUCAUAUUCCAGCAGAGAUGGAUGGACAACAGUUUCAGCAUAGCAGAAGUGAAAGCUCAAAUGUCUUUGUUAGUGAAUACUGCCCAGCUCCAAGUUUUGAUAUUUUCAAAUACGAUUUUCCUACAGCACAUGUAGAUGAUGGAGCAGAUCGAGAUGCCAGAGAAAAUGCAUUGGCUGACCAUGAGUCAUCGCAGUGCCAAGUAACCAAGGAGCCAGUCAUUGAAAUUAUUGAAGAUGAAAAAGUUGGUAAUCUCGAAGGCAUAGAUGAAGGGUAUGCACAUGCAGAAGAACAGGCUAUGAAGUGUGAGCAUGAGUCCCUGCAGUAUCAAGUACCCAAGGAGCCACUCAUUGAAAUAAUUGAUGACGAUCAUGUUGUGGAUCUUGAAGGCAUAGUUGGGAACAUUUACCAGACACCUGAAAAAGUUACCCACAACCAAGUAGUAGUGGGAUCAGGCAGUAAUAUUUAUAGCAGCAGCAGCUCAGGAAAGAUGGUCCCACAACAAUUUGAGAGAAGGAUUAUCAAGCCACCUCCUUGCAAGAGGUCACCAUUCUUGGACUAUAAUGAGAGGAAAGUGUACAUAUGCAAACCUGAAGUAAGCAGGCUGUAUGCAUCGGUUAUUCUGCACGGGAGAUUGAAUGAAGAAGAAUCACCAGAUGUAGAUACUAGCCCGAAGGUAAUUGACUACAAUGGAUAUGAUGUGUCGGUGAGGGAGCUUGCAAACUCUAUGAAAAAAGAAGGAUAUGUCUUGACACAUGUAAUGGAAAUUGGCAUACUGUCCAUAAUGAUGAAUUUGCCUGCAGACUCCAAGAAGGUUGUCAUGCCCCUGAGGUUCUCGACAAGGAUGCUGCAGAUGACUUUCCUCUCCAAUGAUAUCAACAGCCAAGAGAUUAUUUCCCGAUUCAAGAAAUCAAAUCACCUGGACCGGAAAGACAUGAUAAUGUUUAUUGUGUUAGAGAAUAUCGACAAGUCAAAGAAGGUUUCAGGCAACCAUUAUUGGGUCUUCAACGUGAAUAUAAGGGAUCGAAGGUUCGAGGUGCUUGAUUCAUGGAGGACACUUCAGGACAAGACUCUAGAUGUCUGCGCAAGGACUAUGGUUGCUAGUUUUCGGGCUCUGUGGGAAGAGCACUAUCCGAAGUCUCACAUCUCAUUAGAUGACUUCACACUAAGAAACAUUGAUGUGCCAAAACAAACUAACAAAUAUGACUGCGGCAUUUUUGCUCUCUCAAUUGCAAAUGGGUGGGAAGGAAGGAACGUUCCAAGAUUUACAGCAGAGGAUGUUCAAAAUAUCAGGAAGCAGUUGACAAACACGUGGGUUAACACCAAGCGCAACAAGGCUCCAUGGGAAGCUGUAUUGAAGUUAGCUUAGGCAACUCAUACAUAUGCAUGGUUUUCAAGGAUCUCAAGGGGGAAGCAAGCUAGAUGCCAGAGAAUAGACAUUUUUUUGGAGUGUUUUCAGCAUGGAUUUCACACCAAAAAACAGAGAGAGCAGCAGCAUGUUUUGUGUCAGAAAAAACUUAAGAAUAGCAGCAGUCAUGGGCAACAUAUGUUUGUCCCUUUUUAUGUUCAGUACUUUGUUUUUCUCUUAAAGUUUGUACUGGGAGCAACUUUGGUUAUCACUGUCUUUGUGUAGUCGCUUUUCCAAGCAAUC